AUGAUUUUGGCGGCGCUGUUCGUAUUGAUCACGGUUAGACAGACCCUUUCUCCGAGUCUUUACUGGGUCCGGUGUCGAGCUUAUCCUUUAGGAAAUGGAUCCUAUGUGCUCAUGUUGAGUCCUGGCGCUCGCUAUUUGUCCGCGUCCUUGAGCUUGUCGAGGACCUGUCAGGCGGCACCGUCAAGGGUGUGCUUUGCUUCUCUGCUGUGCCGAUUCAGGUGCCACUCGUGCGGUGGAAUUUUGGCAUGCUGCUGUACGGGCAACCGUGACGCUCCUUCUUCAAACCAUCGCCAACUGCGUGCUUGUUGGUCCGGAGAGGGGCACGGUAUCCUUCAGCAUCAACGGUGUGACCGUGAACAGGUGGGAAGACGAGAUGAGGAACGAUCUCGACCCAACCACCUUUCACCUCUCCCUGGAAGGCAUGCCCCUGUCCACGAGUUCUUUCAGGGGCAUGACCGCGUGUGA